AUGGGCUGGGAUGAAAUGGUGACCCAUCUGCCAGCUGAAGGCCCUGGGACUGGAGGCCUCUUGCCUGACUCCCCUGCUUGCACGGUGGAGGCCAUGUCAUUCCCAGAUGAAAAUUCAUAUCCAUUAUUUUCUCAGCUGCAUAAUAAAGUAAAUGGCUACGAUGAAGAAAUUGAUGAGUCUCUGGCUGCUCAGUUCUUAAAUUCAGGAAAUGUAAGACACAGGCUUCAGUUUUACAUUGGAGAACAUUUGCUACCAUACAAUAUGACUGUGUACCAGGCAGUGCGGCAGUUCAGUAUUCAGGCUGAGGAUGAAAGGGAGUCUACAGAUGAUGAGAGCAAUCCUCUCGGAAGAGCCGGUAUUUGGACAAAGACACAUACGAUAUGGUACAAGCCCGUGAGAGAGGAUGAAGAAAGUAAUAAAGAUUGUGUUGGUGGUAAACGAGGAAGAGCCCAAACAGCUCCCACAAAAACUUCCCCAAGAAAUGCAAAAAAACAUGAUGAACUUUGGCAUGAUGGAGUGUGUCCAUCAGUGUCAAAUCCUUUAGAAGUUUAUCUCAUACCCACACCACCAGAAAACAUAACUUUUGAAGACCCAUCAUUAGAUGUGAUUCUUCUCUUAAGAGUUUUACAUGCCAUCAGUCGAUACUGGUAUUAUUUGUAUGAUAAUGCAGUAUGUAAGGAAAUUAUUCCAACUAAUGAAUUUAUUAAUAGUAAAUUGACAGCAAAGGCAAAUAGGCAGCUUCAAGAUCCUUUAGUAAUCAUGACAGGAAACAUCCCAACAUGGCUUACUGAACUAGGAAAAACCUGCCCCUUUUUUUUCCCUUUUGAUACUCGACAAAUGCUUUUUUAUGUAACUGCAUUUGAUCGAGACCGAGCAAUGCAAAGAUUACUUGAUACCAAUCCAGAAAUCAACCAGUCUGAUUCUCAAGAUAGCAGAGUUGCACCUAGAUUGGAUAGGAAAAAACGCACUGUGAACAGAGAGGAGCUAUUGAAGCAAGAUGAGUCUGUGAUGCAGGAUCUUGGCAGCUCCCGGGCCAUGUUGGAAAUCCAGUAUGAAAAUGAGGUUGGUACCGGUCUUGGGCCUACACUGGAGUUUUAUGCACUUGUAUCUCAGGAACUGCAGAGAGCUGACUUGGGUCUCUGGAGAGGUGAAGAAGUAACUAUUAGCAAUCCAAAAGGAAGCCAAGAAGGGACCAAGUAUAUUCAAAACCUCCAGGGCCUGUUUGCACUUCCUUUUGGUAGGACAGCUAAGCCAGCUCAUAUUGCAAAGGUCAAGAUGAAAUUUCGUUUUUUAGGAAAAUUAAUGGCUAAGGCUAUCAUGGAUUUUAGAUUGGUGGAUCUUCCCCUUGGCUUACCCUUUUAUAAGUGGAUGUUGAGGCAAGAAACUUCACUGACAUCGCACGAUUUGUUUGACAUUGACCCAGUUGUAGCCAGAUCAGUGUAUCACUUAGAAGACAUUGUCCGACAGAAGAAAAGACUUGAACAAGAUAAAUCCCAGACCAAAGAGAGUCUACAGUAUGCAUUAGAAACCCUUACUAUGAAUGGCUGCUCAGUUGAAGAUCUAGGCUUGGAUUUUACCCUACCAGGAUUUCCCAACAUUGAACUGAAGAAAGGAGGAAAGGAUACACCAGUUACAAUCCACAACUUAGAGGAAUAUUUGAGACUGGUUAUAUUCUGGGCACUAAAUGAAGGUGUUUCCAGGCAAUUUGACUCAUUCCGAGAUGGAUUUGAAUCAGUCUUCCCACUCAGUCAUCUUCAGUACUUCUACCCAGAAGAACUGGAUCAGCUGCUGUGUGGCAGCAAAGCAGACACAUGGGAUGCAAAGACAUUGAUGGAAUGCUGCAGGCCUGAUCACGGUUAUACUCAUGAUAGUCGGGCUGUGAAGUUCUUGUUUGAGAUUCUCAGUAGUUUUGAUAACGAACAGCAGAGGUUAUUUCUCCAGUUUGUGACAGGUAGCCCAAGAUUGCCUGUUGGAGGCUUCCGGAGUUUGAAUCCACCUUUGACAAUAGUCCGGAAGACAUUUGAAUCCACAGAAAACCCAGAUGACUUCCUGCCCUCUGUAAUGACUUGUGUGAACUAUCUUAAGUUGCCGGACUAUUCAAGCAUUGAGAUAAUGCGUGAGAAACUGUUGAUAGCAGCACGAGAAGGGCAGCAGUCAUUCCAUCUUUCCUGAUCACAACAAGAACUGCAGUGUCUGCCUGUUACAGCAACAGAAAAAUCAUGAUUUCUUUUCUAAAUGUAUCACCUGAGUCAAGGAAACAUGUCACUCCUUGUAGGAAAAACGGCUUGCAGAUUAUAAAGAGACACUUGGUCAAUGUUCAUUAAUGGCCCCAUGGACUUAAAGUGAUCAGGCCCUAAAGCGUUGUUGUGAUGAGGUUUCUUUAGCAAGUUCUUGUUUAAAUUAUCAUUUAUUUGAUGAGUGAAGUUUUCAACUUGCUUUACUGUGUGAAAUUUUAAAAGGGUUGUUUUUCCAGGCUGAACCAAUAAAUGUCGCUGUGCAGUUUGAAAAAAAAAAAAUAAAUAAAA